GAGAGCAACUUGCGAAAUAAACACGUCCCGGGGUUAUCUGGAGCUGUUUGUAUAACUGCUCCUCGGUGCUUUUCGAUUCGCAUUCCAUUCGGCGAACGCAGCUCAUCUGACACGGAUCUUAACUACAUAUAAGAAACAUGAAGGCAGCAUUCAUCCUCUUUGUGUUGGCGUGCGCCCUGGCCCUUGCCUACGGCGACCUGGUAUGCGGCACCAACUACUGCAAGCAGCACCCGUGUGGCGCCCCCGUGCAGUCCUCGAGCUGCCGCUCCCCGUCCAUCUACAAGCCCAACCACUCUGGCAAGUGCGGCUGCUGCCCUGCUUGCGUCACUCUGCUCGCGGAAGGUGCCAGGUGCAAGACUUACAGCAAGGAGUUAGGGGAGACCCCGUCCGCCGUGUGUCGCGAGCCGCUCUUCUGCGUCAGCGGCGUUUGUUCUAAAGUGCAGAGAAGGAACUAAUCCAUAAAUAACUAAUAACAUGUAAUAAAAAAAUGCUUACU